AUUCAAAAUACAAUCCCAACUUCCUGUGCGCGGUUACCAGGCAACGCAAAGGAAGCUUCAGGUGGUAUUGUUGGUUUCAGCUGAGCAAGCAGUGGCAGUUCUGAACAGCAGUUUGAAGUGUUCGAAUUAACUGCCAAAGUUACAGAUAACAGUUGCACGGGUAUAAAAUGUCCGUCUCUCCUCCGUCGUCGCACAUGCCAGUUGUUCCCGCUGACGUUACUCUCGGGGCUCAAGUGAGCGUGGGCUACCCGCACGCUCCAUCUGCGCUGCAGGUCCCAGCAAGCAUCACUACCCGAGGAUCCGAGGAGGAGGAGGAAGGGAACCCCAAGGAGGAUGACGGCGAAUUAACGGAGGAGGAGGUCUCCGGCUGUUUGCACGACCUGGGGCCGUCUGCAACGGGACUGGAGUAUACCUACCGCUCUCUCUCUAUCCCUGUAAGCAAACGACGUCUCGCCCACAUACGUACACAUCCAAAAGACAUGCAGGGACGGAACCUGACGGACAUCUCUCUCUUGCACAAUUAUGUUCACCUUCAAAGACUUGAGGUCCCACACAAUAAGAUAAAAGACCUGUCCUGCGUCAGUCACAUGCCUUAUCUCCUCUUCCUGGACGCCUCCCACAACGAGAUCUCCCAAUUCUUCGGAUUCCACCCUCCAAAAAACCUGAAGGAAGUCGAUUUUUCCUACAAUCAGAUGUCAGAGAUGAAGGCCCUGUCUGCCUACUCUUCUCUCUGCCGACUGAACCUGGAUCAUAACUCUUUUCGUGAGAUCCGGGGCCUCGAGAUGUGUUCCAGCCUCACGCACCUCAGCCUGGCGCACAACAGGAUCUACCAGCUCAAAGGGCUGAACAAACUGCCCCUGAGAGAGCUCUGUUUGAGGGGGAAUCAUAUCCGGAAGAUUGAGAAUAUUGAGAAGAUUUGGACCCUGCAGACUCUAGACCUGUCCUCUAACAAGAUCCAGAGCCUCUCGGGUCUUCAGAACCUCCACCUGCUCGGAUCCCUCAACCUGGAGAACAACAUGGUCAGUGACAUUAAGGAGGCGAAACACAUCCAUGACCUGCCACUGCUGAGGGAGCUCAACCUACAAAGGAACCCAGUACAGGACGAGGCCGAUUACCGAUUGGCCGCUGUCUUCCUCCUGCAGCAGCUGAGCCUCCUGGACCAACGGGACGUCAUGGCGGAGGAGAAGGUGUCGGCGGUCAAUAAGUACGACCCUCCGCCUGAGGUGACCGCGGCCAGAGAUCACAUGAUGCACGCGGUGUUCCAGCUGAGGCAGCCGCAGGUGAUCUUUGACAGCACGCUCCCCAGUCUGAACACUCCGUACCCCAUGUUGGUGCUGGCCGGCCCACAGGCCUGUGGGAAGAGAGAGCUCGCUCAUCGGCUGUGCCACGAGUUCAACCAGUUCUUUGCUUAUGGGAUCUGCCACACCACGCGGGGCCCCUACUUUGGGGAGGAGGACGGGUCCGACUACCACUACGUCUCCGAGGAGCAGUUCCACGACAUGAUCCGCGCGGGUAAGUUCAUCCAGACCAUUCAGUACGCGGGUCACUGGUACGGCCUCUCCCGGGAGGCCAUCGAGGAGGUGGCCAGGGAGGGCCUGGCCUGCUGCGUGCACAUGGAGCUGGAGGGCGUGCUCAGCCUGAAAAGCACCUACUUUGAGCCGCGCUACGUCCUGCUGGUCCCCACGGACCAGGAGAAGUACGGCAACCGCCUGCGGAGGAGGGCGCUCUACACCCGGGAGCAGAUGGACUCCGCCCUGUCCCGCGUCGACGCCUACGUCAGGCUGAACAGAGAGCACCCUGGGUACUUCGACAACGUCAUAACCUGCGAUGACACUGUGGAGGCCUACAAGACGCUGUGUCAGGUGGUCAGGGAGUACCUGGGGCUGGAGGAGGAGCAGGGUGGGGGUGACGGCACAAGUGCCAUGCCCGAAAACACCUUCACUGGUGACUCUCUGAAGGACACGAGGGAGCAGUCUGACCUCAGCAGGAACCUCUACGGCAAAGUGCAGCAGAGGCUGGCCCCGCCCAGGAGCCCGGCUGAAGUGGCCUCCCAGCAGAAGAGGCGGCAGCUGUUCCGGGAAGCACUGACAGGGAAAAGCCCUGGGGCCUAUACCCAGCCCCUAAACAGGGUGUCUCUCUCGGCCUCGGGUUCGACGGCUCUACAGGCUGGACAGGACCCCGCUCCUCUAUCCUCUACACCACCAGAGCCCAUUGAGAACAGCAGCUCGCAGGAGUCCCACAGCAGUUCCGCCCUGUCCUCCCUCCGGGACAGCACGGGGGGUGCUGGGAAAGGGGCGGGGCCAGACCUCCCGGGACCGGGACCGGGACAGGGACACGACCAGGACAGCCUGAGAGAUCACAUGGACUCAGGCUCCUCCCCCCAGCCGGCCUCAUCCCCAGGGGUCCAAUCGGAGGCCGCCUCGGGCCGCCCCGGAUCCAACGCCAAGCCCGUCCUCCCGCCCAUCCCGUCGGGCCGCAAGACCGCCACCCCGAACCCGACCCCGCCCUGACAGGGGAGGGGGCGGGGGCGGGGAAAAGAGGUUUACCCACGGCGGGUUAUACUCCCCCCGCAAAGGUAGCCGCGCAACAUUAGCCCUAUUUAACCGUCGUCGAACGUGCACUUGUACUUCUGAAGUAGGCUCGUUGAAGCUCACCCAACCGUCCUGUGAUAUUCGGGCAAAACCUAGAGCCUUUGGCCUCAAAAGCUUCAAAGGUGAUUGGGCGAAACAGGCCAGGUGAUGUUUAGAGAUGUUUAGACACGGCACACGUACAUAGCUUCCUCUGUAAAUGCAAAGCCUCUGUUGUGACAGUUCCUCUGUAAGAGAAAACGCUAUUCAAAUAAAGCUGAAAGGAAUUGAAUGGA